UAUUUGGUCAUUCUUAAUGAAGCAACUUCAAACCCCAAAUAUGCAACCAGAAUAUCUGCAUCAACAUAUUAAUGGGAAUAACUAACUAAUGGGAAUAAUGUUACUCAUUGGUGUCAUUCUCAGUUUAUGGGUCUCCUGUGCUCAUGGACAAGAAAAACACUGUGAUUUUCCAGAAAUAAAGCAUGGGCAACUGUUCAACAAAGAGAGGGUUAGGAAAUACUUUCCAGCACAUAUAGGAAAAUCCUUUUACUAUCACUGUAAUGAGAACUACCAGCCUCCUUCACAAGUCUACUGGGCUGAAAUUACUUGCACAAAAGAUGGAUGGUUUCCAGAAGUGCCCUGCCGAAGAAGAUGUUUGCUCGAUUAUUUGGAAAAUGGACACAUUCUACAUGAAAACAAAAUAUUUGUUCAGGAUGACACUGUAAAAGUUGCCUGCUCUUCUGGCUACAGUCUUCAAAAUGGCCAGAGCAUAUUAACAUGCACAGAAAAAGGCUGGUCCCCCCUUGCAAAAUGCAUCAAUAUCAAUGAAGCCUGUGCUCCUCCUAAUAUUCUAAAUGGUAUCUACAGAUCUGAAAAGCACACAUACAAAAUAGAGGAUGUGAUUACAUAUGAGUGUAAAAGUGGCUUCUAUCCCUCAACCCAGGGAAAUACAGUGAAAUGCACCAUUACAGGCUGGGCACCUACACCAAAAUGUGAUUUGAAGCCUUGUGAUUUUCCAGAAAUAAAACAUGGACAUCUGUACAACUCGGAGCGUUUUACACCAAACUUUCCAGUACCUAUAGGAAAAAUAUUUUACUAUUCCUGUGAUGAAAAUUUUGAGGCUCCUUCACAACGUCACUGGGCUCAUAUUUCUUGUACAAAAGAAGGAUGGUUUCCAGAAGUGCCCUGCCGAAGAAAAUGUACUUUCAAUUCUUUGGAAAAUGGACAAGCGCCAGUUAGCAAGAGAAUAUAUUUAGAAGGUGACACUGUAAAAGUUGACUGCAAUGCUGGCCACAGUCUUCAAAAUGGUCAGAGUGUGAUGGCAUGUACAGAGCAUGGCUGGUCUCCUCCUCCCAGAUGCAUCCAUGUCAAAACAUGUUCAAAAUCAGAUAUAGAAAUUGAGAAUGGCUUCUUUUCUCAGUCUGCCCACACAUAUAUUUUAAAUAGGAAAACACUAUAUAGGUGUAAGCCAGGAUAUGUAACAGAACAUGGCAGAACAAUAGGAUCGAUUACAUGCCUGGAGAAUGGAUGGUCAGAUAAACCCGUAUGCACUAAACUUUGUGGUUUGCCAGUAUUUAGGAAUUCCUUUAGCAAUAGCACUAAGAAACGGUUUAAGCUGAAUGACACAUUAAACUAUAAAUGCCUAGAGGGAUAUGAAAACCGAGAUGGAAACACCACGGGUUCCAUCAUUUGUGGUGAGGUCGGAUGGAACCAUUUGCCAACAUGCUAUAACUCAAAAGAAAAAUGUGGACCUCCACCUGCUAUUGACAAUGGAGAUAUCACCUCUUUCUUAUUAAAAGUUUAUCCUCCAGAGUCAAAACUUGAAUACCAAUGCCAGGCUUACUACAUGCUCCAGGGUUCUAAAUACAUAGUGUGUGAUUAUGGACAAUGGUCAAAACCUCCAAAAUGUAUAGAUCCAUGUAUUGUAGAUGAAGAGAGCAUGAAUAAAAACAACAUACAGUUAAGAUGGAAAAAUGACUCCAAAAUCUAUGUAAAAACAGGGGAUAUCAUUCAAUUUAUAUGUAAAACAGGAUAUCGUGAACAUUCACCACAGCAGUCAUUUCAAACAGUGUGUCAGGAAGGGGUAGUGAGAUACCCCAAAUGUGAAUAAACAAGUUCUGUUUCCUAAGUGUGUGGCAAUUUCCAGCUAUCACAUUCCCUGUCUCAAGGCUGGCUAAUUUCCAGUCUUUUCCUGCUAUUUUCUAUUAAAAAAAAUGAUGUGGAAGUAUCAAUUUACAAUUUAAUAUUUACUCACAAGAACACUAAACUACCGCCUACACAUAUACCAAAGCAGUAAUCAUUUACCAGUACCUGACAGAAGACCACCUAUCCCAUACAUGAUUUAUAGGUUAUUGAUUACGUGUUGUCAAUUUUUGUUGUAAAUAAGAAAGAUUUCUUGAAAAUUCUCACCUAUAAUAAAAACUCAAAUACCUAUUUACUUUUAA